CAACAAGAAGAAUCGGAGAUUGCAUUAAAUGAAGAAAUAGGAGGGCGAAGAAACAAAAAAGAACGCGAAGCAGGUGCAAUACAAAUAAAAAAUAUUGACGCCCGUGAUCAAUUGGGUGACGACGCGUGGCGUUUCCAGAUGGCGCAGUUAACCAAACCUGGACAAGUGUCGACUCGCCAACAUUCUCAUCUUCAAAUAAUAGCAUUAAAAGGUCAAAAACGUAAGCAUAAUCUCGCAUACUUGGUUCAUCAGACAUCAGUGAUGGAAAACGAACUCAAAGAACAAUAUGCCAAUAAUCGAAAGACGAAGCGUGAAACUCAAGCUAACUAUGGAUUUUGGUAA